UAAAAGGUUAGUGUUACACUGCGAUGUCAGUAGUUAUUUCUAACGUUUUACAUAGAACAAUAGAACAAAAUCUAGCAAACAUGAAGUUCGUCAUUGCCGUAGUCCUGCUUGCCUUGGCUUUGGGUGCCAACUCCUCAGUUUUGCCCUGGGGACCAGUUGUUGUGGGUGGACCCCUACCCGGUACAGUAGUACUUGGAGCUCAUCCCCAUGCUGCCGUUACAGUAGCUGCCCAUCCACAUCAUGUUGUUGCUGGCCCUGGACCUGUUCAAGUGGUCUCCGGUCCCGUUCCUGCUGUAGUUGCUGCCCCUCAUGUAGUUGCCGCUCCACAUGUUGUUGCCGCUCCUGCUGUAGUUCCAGCUCAUAGUGGUACUUUCGUUGCCAAGACCCGUGGUGCUGUACAUGUUGCCCCAUUGGCUGGUCAUGCUCAAUCUGUGGCCUCAGUUAAUCUGCAACCUGCUCCAGGAACGGUUUAAAGUGUCACUUUAGAUAAAUUUAAAGAAAUGUCUGAUUUAAAUAAAUUUUGUUAGAUCGAAAUUGAAAAUCUCUACAUACUUCUAAGGACAUCCUACACCAUUAUUAGUUUUAUCAACGCAACAAAGCUGCCACACACAAAUUAGGAAAAUUAGAAUUCUUUAUAUAAAUAUUGUAUCUAUAUAUGCGUUUCUUACUCAUCUAAGAGACGCGUCUCUUACUCUUACUUCACAAACUUAGGAACACAUCUGUAAAUAAAAAAAGAAAAAAAUUAAUACG